AUCCGCACAUGUUGGACAACAAUUGACACUCGCAAACUAAACCAAUCUCACAACAUCAAAGAAUCCAAUUCAGAUCUCAUAUUUGGCCCAUUGACUCUAUAUCCGCGCAUAUCACAGCAUGCUUCGCUCAAGGUCAAACUCAGAAUACUCCCUGCAAGACCUAUCUAAUCGUCCACCAUCACAACAUGCAUCCCAUCGCCCUUCUCAGACAUCGGAUGGAAACAACACAGAUACAAGGCCCCGAAACAGCAACACCUCCGCGCGUGGAGAUACUCCCGCUGCGCCGCAGAAGGAGGAGAAGAGGACAAGGCUGGGGAGGUUCUGGAAGGAGUAUGUGAGCUGUGAGGUUGACUUUUCGGCGUCGAGGGAUCAUCUAGCCAACGAAAGAACGUUUCUGGGUUAUCUUCGUACAUCAGUCGCCAUGUCAAUGGUUGGAACGUUGGUUGCGCAACUGUUUUCACUGCAGCAUGAGGGUCAGCACCAGGAAUUUGGAUACUUCGUCACGGGGAAACCUUUAGCGAUGACUUGUUAUUCCUUCUCGAUUGGGACGAUAAUUCUCGGUGCUGUUCGGACUUGGAGACAUCAACGGACUAUGAUGAGUGGGAAGGCAUUGGUUGGAGGGUUUGAGCUUCACCUUUUGGGGGUAUGCACCAUGUUGGUAUGUAUCAUUGAGGGAUUGCGUGAUGGGUGACUAACCUGUUUAGCUACUGCUGGUGUUCUUUUCUUUUCUUCUUACCAUUGAUGUUGUUAAGGACACGGAACCUAAGCCUACUGCAACUCCUUAAUUGACGACGUCGUGCCCAUCGACGCAGUGCAGGAGAAGCUCGAGAAAACAAUGCAACAUUCAGA